CAACUGUUUGCACCACAACAACAACCACCUGCACAACUUUCUUUAGCGCGUUUCGACGAGAGCAACGAAGACUAAGACAUGUAUUGAAUUCCAAACCAGAAACAACUUGUUGACAAAGCCUAUCGGCAGCCACCUACCUGUACGCCUAUACCGCGCUGUUCUUCCUCUGUUUGCAUAUUCUAAGUAAUCAUAAAAAUUACACGUCAUCAGCGUAACUAACGAAAAAAAAUAUGCGUCAACUAAAGGGCAAAGUAAAGGAAACGCGUAAGCAAAAGAAGGAACGCAAAUUGGAAAAUGUAGAAAUGCAAGGAAAAAUUGGAACUGUUGUUUUGCCGGCUUUAGGUGUUAUAGCCAUGAUGAUAGUGGCAUUUAUUUACCUGAAGACGAGACCUGCCAUUCUGGCCUAGAAACGGGUGGAAAAGUUAUACUUGGCGUAGUUUA